AUGAUGUUUUCAAAUUUUACCAUAUUCGUGGUAUUUUUGUGCAUAUCACGUCAUGCUUAUGCGUCGGAAUCGGCAAAGAGUACGAUCGAUUGUACCGAAUAUAGAUCGUGCACAAAAUGUGCGAACGAAACGUUGUGCAGUUGGUCGUUGGAACAUCAGAAUUGCGUCCAACAGGAAGAACUGUGGGGGAACAUGAUGGUGCAUGUGGAGACGGACUGUCCACAGUUCACGGUGGCCAAACUUUCGUGGUUGAAAGACGCGUCGUAUACUUACACGCUGACCGUGUCCAACGACAAGAAAGACUUCAUGGCGUACCUCCGCAGGGUGACGAUCGCGUGCUCGCUACAAACGGGCUACUUUAAGGGCCGGGUCGACCAGAACGAUAUCAAGUGCGACGGCAUUAGACGGACGCAGGCCGAUUUCAUGCUCAACAAACAGAUGAUUUUCUUCUAUUACGUGAAGUUCAACAACAACUCGGUGAUAUUGAGGCUGGAUAACGAUUCCGAUUAUUACGUACCGCACUAUAAUCACGAAUGCGGCGUCAAGCGAGAUGAUGAUUGCGUGACGUGCUCGUGGACCGCCGACGGGUACAUCAACUACUUCAAACGGUGUUCAAGCGCCAACCGGUGUUCGGGGUUGUACCAGUUCUACGAUAGGCGGUACGCUCAGAACUUUACGACCACCCCGACGGCCGCGGCGGCGGUGCCGCUACAGUGCGCCAACGCAAGCGUCCAGUCGGUGGAACCCAUUUCGGCCCCGUGGACCGGCGGAACGGUGGUGCGCGUCACCGUCAAGAACCACCGUAUACUGACUGAGAAGAAGUCGGUGGUGGUGACAGUGGCCGGGCGCGAGUGUGCCGGCCCCAAGUCGGUGGACAACGAUACGAUCGCGUGCACCGUAUCACCGCCGCCAAGAGAAGAACCAAAGGCAGUCACCGGGAUCGCAAAAGGCUCAAUCGUGGUUGAGUACGGUCCGUGGCAAAAGUUCAGUAUCGUGUCCACGUUCACGUUCAAGCUCGUCAAGCCUCGGCUGACGGACGUAAGCCCGACCUGUGGCCCACUGUCGGGUGGAACACCUCUGACCAUCGCCGGCGAGUAUCUGGACACCGGUAACGCUGUCCGCGUGGUGGUUGGCAACGACACGACGUGCACUGCGGUCGUCCGCUCGCCAGACCGCAUUUCGUGCUUGACGGGCGCCGUGGAAACUCCAACCGACGGCGUCGUCAAGGUGGUGUUCGACGGCGGGCUGUCCGCGCAAGCUGCUAACCGACAGUCGUUCGCCUACACCGGCAACCCAGUGCUGGACGCGUCGCAACCGUUUGCGGGCAUCGUUUCGGGCGGCACAGCGAUCCCCGUACGUGGACGUCACUUCUCUUGCGCGCGCAACACCACGAUGGUCGUCCACUUGCACAACGGCACCGUCCACCGGACCGGUUGUCAGAUACACAACGACACGUUCAUGGUGUGCCGGUCCCCUACACUGAGCGUGGACGAUCUUCCGACACGACACGUGCAUACGACUACCAUCGCGGCCGACAACGAUGACGCCGAGGCCAUCCUGCUUGGCACGUUGAAGUUGGAACUCGACGUAGGGUACGAUGGUGGCUCGAUCGUGAAACCGCGGCCCGGUCACGGUGACCCCAUGCCCAGGUACCACUUGUACGCGGACCCGGUGUUGGACGACUUUGCGACGGACGGCCUCGCGAUCACCGUCAUCGGCCGGAACCUGGACUGGGGCUACGCGCAGUACCAAGGCGACGACACGGUCGUCCGGUUACUCGUAAACGACAACUUGGCCGUUUCCACCACAUGUGACGUCACGUCCGUUGACUGGCACAGGAUCGUGUGCGUGCCGAAAUCAGAGGUGAAUUUGGACGCGGUAAUCGCGGUCGACGUGACCUUCGGCGUGUCCUUCAGGCGUGUCGUCCACAGAAAGCCCGCCGGUCCCGUCGACGACAUUCAGCAUCCUUGGACCGAUGGCAGUACCACCGUGGUCGUAGCCGUUUUGGCGGCGUUGUUGUUGUGCUGCGCGUGCCUCGUGCAGUCAUACGGAAGAAAAAUCAGAAAUCGGUACAACUGCGGCACUCCGCUCUUCGAAUUGCAAACACCGGAAUAG